CAGGCGCAGUAUGGCGGCCGAGUCUGUGUGUAUGUGAGAGUCUGACGGGUUCAAAAUGGCGGCAGCUGCUUCUAUAAAAGGACAGAAGAAAGCCAGAGACCUGGAGGAGGAAGAAGACGACAGCAGUUCCGAUAUCUCCUUCUCACUCUCGUCGGAAGAGUCUGAGAUGGAGCCUGAAGAAGAGCGGAUCCGUUAUAGCAAAAGACUGCGUGGUGCUAUGAGACGUCGUUAUGAGGAUGAUGGCAUCUCAGAUGAUGAGAUUGAGGGCAAACGAACAUUUGAUCUUGAAGAGAAACUUACCACAAACAAAUUUAAUGCCAACUUUGUUGUCUUUAUGGAAGGCAAAGAUUUCACUGUGGAAUAUAUUCAGCGUGGUGGUUUAAGAGACCCUUUGAUCUUCAAGAAUUCUGAUGGACUUGGAAUUAAAAUGCCAGAGCCAGACUUCAGUGUGAGUGAUGUACGACUAUAUGUAGGGAGUCGGAGGAUGGUGGAUGUCAUGGAUGUGAAUACACAGAGAGACAUUGAGAUGACAAUGGCUCAGUGGGCACGCUAUUAUGAAACUCCAGAGGAGGAGCGGGAGAAGCUGUAUAAUGUUAUCAGCCUGGAGUUCAGUCAUACCCGGCUUGAGAACCUGGUACAGAGACCAACAACGGUGGAUUUGAUUGAUUGGGUUGACAACAUGUGGCCAAGGCAUCUUAAAGAAAGCCAGACAGAAUCAACGAAUGCCAUUCUGGAUAUGCAGUAUCCCAAAGUGCAGAAAUACUGUCUGAUGAGUGUCAGGGGCUGCUAUACUGACUUCCAUGUGGACUUUGGUGGCACUUCUGUAUGGUAUCAUAUUCACAGAGGGGGAAAGAUCUUCUGGUUAAUCCCUCCCACUCCUCAGAACUUGGAGUUAUAUGAAAACUGGCUGCUCUCAGGGAAACAAGGGGACAUUUUUCUUGGUGACCGGGUGUCAGAUUGUCAGCGUAUUGAGCUCAAGCAAGGCUAUACCUUUGUCAUACCCUCAGGUUGGAUCCAUGCAGUGUACACUCCUAUGGACACCCUUGUUUUUGGUGGUAACUUUCUGCAUAGUUUCAAUAUCCCUAUGCAGUUGAGGAUCUACAGCAUUGAAGACCGAACACGGGUCCCAAAUAAGUUUCGCUAUCCCUUUUAUUAUGAAAUGUGCUGGUAUGUACUAGAACGCUAUGUCUACUGCAUCACCAGCCAUUCUCACCUGACUAAGGACUUUCAGAAGGAAUCGCUCAGCAUGGAUAUGGAGCUAUGUAGCUCAGAGUCUGGAAACAUGGAUGAAGAUGAUGGAGAAGCAGGAAAGGACUCAAGGCGUCCAGUCACCAGACGGUCAAUACUCACUAGCCCUGUGGCUAAUGGUGCUAACCUAGACUAUGAGGAGCUAGGUAGAAGCUGCCGGAAUUUGCCAGGUCUAAAGAGAACUAUGUCCAUGGACUCUGAGUCCAGCCGAGGCUCUCACAAUGGCCAGGCCUGGGACUCUCACAGCAACAGCCCUCAAAAGGGCAAGAAGAUACAUCUGACACAAUUUGAACUUGAGGGUCUGCACUGUCUUGUAGACAAGCUGGAAUCUUUGCCUCUGCACAAGAAGUGUGUACCUACUGGCAUUGAGGAUGAGGAUGCCCUGAUUGCUGACAUCAAGCUGUUGCUGGAGGAAUACGCAAGCAGUGACCCCAAGCUGGCACUUACUGGCAUCCCUAUUGUCCAGUGGCCAAAGAGGGAUAAGCUCAAACUUCAGGUUCGGCCAAAGUUAAGAUUACCUACCAUCCCCAUCACCAAGCCCCACACCAUGAAACCAGCGCCACGGCCUGCGACUGUGAGGCCCACAGUCUCUCCUAUAGUGUCUGGUGCUCGCAGAAGGCGGGUGCGAUGUCGUAAAUGCAAGGCCUGCCUGCAGGGUGAAUGUGGCAUGUGCCACUACUGCAGGGAUAUGAAGAAGUUUGGUGGGCCUGGUCGUAUGAAGCAGUCCUGUGUAUUGCGACAGUGCUUGGCGCCCCGACUGCCUCACUCUGUCACAUGUGCACUUUGUGGGGAGGUAGAUAAGAAUGAGGAUUCACAGGACUUUGAGAAGAAGUUAAUGGAAUGCUGCAUCUGCAAUGAAAUUGUUCACCCUGGCUGUCUACGGAUGGAUGGGGAAGGGAUAUUGAAUGAUGAAUUGCCCAACUGCUGGGAGUGUCCAAAGUGCUACAAGGGAGAUGAGUUGGAGAAAGCCCAGAAGCGAAAAAUGGAUGAUGGUGAUGAUGACACAGUCCAAGCCAAAGUCCUACGCCCCCUGCGAAGCUGUGAGGAGCCUCUGACUCCACCACCACACUCACCCACCCCAAUGCUGCAGUUGAUCCAUGACCCUGCAUCACCGCGUGGCGUGGUGACACGAUCCUCUCCAGGAGCAGGGCCUAGUGAUCAUCAUGUGGUGCGGGAAAAGGAAAAUAACCCUAGUGGCAAGAAAGAGCUUUCAGAGGUAGAAAAGGCCAAGCUCCAUGGCUCAUAUCUUACAGUCACGUUACAAAGACCUACCAAAGACAUGCAUGGCACUUCCAUUGUGCCCAAACUGCAGGCGAUCACUGCCUCCUCCACCAAUCUGCGGCACUCACCCCGUGUUGUCAUGCGCCAAAGUUCAGCCAGAACACCCCAGCGGGGUGGAGAUGAAGAGGCAGCUGAGGAAGAUGAUGAGGAAGAAAGUGCAGAUGAAGAAGAUGAGAGUGCUGAGGAGAGUGGGGUAGCUAGACUGAAUGGUCAAGGUAGCAGGGCAUUUGACGGCGAGGAGAUCUGGAUGCAGAAGGAAGUGUGGAUGUCUGUCUUCCGCUAUCUCACUCGGAAAGAGCUCUGUGAAUGUAUGCGUGUAUGCAAAACCUGGUACAAAUGGUGUGGUGACAGAAGAUUGUGGACAAAGAUUGAUUUGAGCAGGUACAAGUCCAUCACACCCUUGGCUCUAGGGGGUAUCAUCAGGAGGCAGCCAGUCAGCCUUGACCUCAGCUGGACCAAUAUUUCCAGAAAACAGCUCACCUGGCUCAUUGCCAGGCUACCAGGCCUCAAAGACCUCAUCUUAGCAGGCUGCUCCUGGUCAGCAGUCUCUGCUCUUAGUACCUCCACCUGCCCCCUUCUCAGGACUCUCGAUCUUCGGUGGGCAGUAGGAAUCAAGGAUCCACAGAUUCGGGACUUGCUCACACCUCCAUCAGAUAAACCAAGUCAAGACAAUCGCAGCAAACUCCGUAAUAUGAUAGACUUCCGGUUGGCUGGGCUGGACAUUACUGAUGCCACACUCCGGCUUAUCAUCCGUCACAUGCCUCUCCUAUCACGACUUGAUCUUAGUCACUGCAAUCACCUUACAGACCAGUCAACAAACCUGUUAACAGCUGUGGGGUCUUCCACACGAAACUCACUCACUGAAAUCAACAUGGCAGGCUGCAAUAAGCUCACGGACCAGACCCUGCUGUAUCUGCGGCGCAUCUCAAAUGUCACCCUGAUAGACCUGCGAGGCUGCAAGCAGAUCACCCGCAAGGCCUGCGAGCACUUCAUCUCAGACCUGUCAAUCAACAGCCUCUACUGCCUGUCUGAUGAAAAGCUGAUCCAGAAAAUCAGCUAGAGAUUUACCACAGACAGACUGAAGAGAAGGAAGGAUUCCAGACAAGUCCCUCUUGGAGAGCAGACCCUCCCCCAGUUCCCCCCAUCUCCACAGGCAUUGGAAGAGGCCAGCCUGUUUGUGACUGCACUGCCCCUCCUCCACUCGGGACUUCUGCAGACCAGAAAUCCCACCAGGCAGAUUAGCAUUUGAAGAAUGGCAGCUAGAGAUUGCCGUAUGGGUGCUCUCGUUGGGGUACUUGCUCGGCAGCUACGUUCUCUGAUGAUUUGUAGCAACGUUUUCAGGGGGAAGGUGCUACUUCCUCUCAUCUCUAUCCUGCACCUCUCCCAUAAAUUCCACAAAAACAGAUUUCACUUCCUCAUCACAUUAUGGGGAAAUCAGACAUGGAUGGUGUAGAACAGGUACACUUCUGUUCCCUGUUCCCCUCAAUUUCAUCCAUGAUUGUCAAUUGUUGUUAGGCUGGGAGUAACUUCUCUUGCCACACUCUGCUAAGCUUCCUUUUCUUGCCCUUCAGCAACUGGAUGGGCAGCUACUGCUUUGUGCUGAUUACUCAAAGGCUGUGAUGCCCACAGUAGCAGUGUCUUUAUGUCAUGAAGGGAUCUCCAUGUGGCCUUGGGUUAGCCUGCAGGCACCUUCCAACGUCAGGCUAGUGAGGGGGUGGCUAAGCUUCCACAUGGAGGUAGCCAUGUCCUUGUCCUAGACUUUCCCAAGCGGGAGGGUCAAGCAGGCGUGUCCUGUCUUUCCUACUCCGAAAAGGUGACAGUGUUUGCAGAGGGAAAGCUGCAGCAGAGCUUGAAGGCUUGAGAGGCAUCUAGUGGGAUUUCUCACACGAGUGGAAGUGGCCUCUGCUUGCCCCACGUUCUACAGUCUGCUAGAACAAGCACUCUUGGAAAUGCUGGCUGGCUGAAGACAUGCCUACAUCUUGGGGUGCACAGCUGUUGGCGCUUGAGCUGGGAGACGGGUGAAUGCCCCCAUUAGCUGCCUCUCUUCCUUUGCAAUGAAUGGCUGGUCCAAAGAACUUCUCUCUUGGGCAGCAGAGAGCUUUUUGCACUUUAGAAAGAAAGGUAAUAUUUUGGAUCCCUAUUUUAUUUCCCCCUGCCUGAGUGACUGGACACUCCUUCCAGCUGUCUGAACUUGUCAGGGUUUGAAUGCACACUUUGCACUCUGCUCUCUUCCCCAUAGUGAUAGCACAAAUUAGACUGCCCUUCACCUCUGCCUCCCCCUCUGAACCUCGCGUGGGAGAAAAGAGCUCUCCAGGGUCCACGCAGCAAGGGAAAGGAAGAGAGCAGUGAUAGAAUCAGAGAAACCCAAUGAUGCACCCUUGCUGCUGUUGAAGCAAUAAGGGAGGGGGAGGAAUCCACCCUAUAGCUCUCCAGAUUGCUCUGCCUGAUGGAGCCUCAGGGAAGAGCACCUUGCCCUGUACUGUUGGGGAUGGGGUGGGGGGAUGUAUAUUUAGAUCUACUGAAACCCAGAGGUUCCCCCUCACUCCCAUACAAGGAGCAGGCUUCUUUGCUGAGAGGACAGUGCUAGUGUGAUAAGUUCCAGAGUGCCUCAGUACACAGGAGCUUUGCUGCAAAUAGAAUUUUUCUGCAAAAAUGCCCACUAGAAACUUUCUGCCUUGUUGUAUUGGCUCCUGUGGAAAAAAUAUUGUAGACUCAAUCUCUUGGGUUUUUAGGGUUUGUUUUUUUUGUUUGUUUUAAAGGAGGAAGGUGAGAAUAGCCAUAAAUAGGAGAUUCAAAUGCAUCUGCCCAGAUAACUCCCAUCUUGGAGAUUUCUAGGCUCUGGGUAUUUUGCAUGUUUUGUUUGUAUUCCAAAAGUGGGAGCACUUUCACAACUCUCCAUAUGCAUUGGUCAACCUGAGGAGUGCUGAACUGCAGCUAAUUGGCAUGUCAGGAGCAUUAGUCUGGGAGGAAUCUUGUCCUGCAGCAAAGGGGAUGAAACAAGCAGAAGACUGGGGAGGGUAGAAUUGUGCUUUAGAUUUUGCUGUCCUUCAGCCUUCUCAAAUGUGGCCCUCAAAUGACUGUGGCUUAAGAGACUCGGAAGCAAAAAUGGUGAAGUGUCAUUGCCUAAACUGGCCACCACCUCAGAGGGCAAGUGGUGACAUAAAAGAAAGAGAAAUUAUAUAUGAAAAUCACUUAGUGAUUUUUUAAAAAUCCUGCUCCCUAAAUAAA